AUGUUUACUUUCUGUCCUCUGCAAGGCGCUCUGUCCGAGUCAUCGGCGUCGCAAUCAAUCCUCGAGCUCGAUGGAGGCGUCAAGAUCCUUAUUGAUCUCGGCUGGGAUGAGUCUUUUGACGUCGAGAAGCUCCAGGAGCUUGAAAAACAGGUUCCCACGCUAUCCCUCAUCCUCCUGACCCAUGCCACGACAUCCCAUCUGGCCGCCUUCGCCCACUGCUGCAAGAACUUUCCAUUAUUCACGCGAAUCCCCGUCUACGCAACGCGGCCCGUCAUCGACUUGGGCCGCACCUUGACCCAGGAUCUCUAUGCCUCGACCCCUCUGGCAGCAACCAAGAUACCCCUCGGCUCUCUGACCGAAGCCGCCUAUUCCUUUUCUCAGCAAUCCACGGCCGGUAGCGAGUUCCUGCUUCAAGCGCCCUCUCCCGCAGAAAUCACCCGAUACUUCUCCCUUAUCCAACCCCUGAAAUACUCGCAGCCGCAUGAGCCACUCCCGUCCCCCUUCUCCCCGCCGCUCAACGGACUUAUAAUUACUGCGUACAACGCGGGCCACAGUCUCGGAGGAACGAUAUGGCACAUCCAGCACGGUCUCGAGUCCAUCGUCUACGCUGUCGACUGGAACCAAGCCAAGGAAAAUGUCUUUGCCGGAGCUGCUUGGUUAGGCGGUGCCGGGGGCGGCGGCGCCGAUGUCAUCGAGCAACUGCGCAAGCCGACGGCUCUCGUCUGUAGCAGUCGAGGCGCAGAAAAGGUGGCUCAGGCUGGCGGUCGUGCGAAGCGCGACGAGCAGCUGAUCGACAUGAUCAAGACUUGCGUUGCCAGAGGAGGCACCGCCCUCAUCCCGGUAGACUCGAGCGCCCGUGUUUUGGAGAUCGCCUAUCUGCUUGAGCACGCGUGGAGGGCAGACUCGGAAUCCGACAGCAGCAGUCUCAAAUCAGCAAAACUCUACUUGGCCGGGCGUAAUAUGUCGAGCACCCUGCGGUACGCACGAAGUAUGCUGGAGUGGAUGGACGAUAACAUCGUCCGUGAAUUCGAGUCGGUCGCGGAUGGGCAGCGCAAAGCCAAUGGCACAGAGGCCAAGAGCAAGGAGGGGGUGCCGUUCGACUUUAGAUAUCUCAAGCUGGUGGAACGUCGUGCGCAGAUUGAGAAGCUUCUCUCCGGGUCCGGUGACAAUGUUCAGGCAGAAGGGCGGGUCAUCCUCGCCAGCGACGACACUCUGGAGUGGGGGUUCUCCAAGGAUUUGAUCCGCGGUCUCGCCAAGGACUCCAGGAACUUGGUCAUUUUGACGGACAAGCCGGCCAAAUCUCGCGCCGAGCAGCCGUCAAUAGCGAGAACGCUGUGGGACUGGUGGACUGAGCGCCGGGACGGCGUCGCGGUCGAGCAGUCCAGCAAUGGCAAUAAUCUUGAGCUGGUUUAUGGCGGUGGAAGAGAACUCGAGGUUCAAGAGGCCAAGCGGCAGGCUUUGGAGGGAGAAGAGCUCAACGUCUAUCAGCAGUGGCUGGCUACACAACGCCAGCUCCAAGCUACCUUACAAAGCGGCGGAGGAGCCUCGUUACAAGCGCCCGCCGACGCCGCCGACGAUGUCUCGUCGGAUUCAUCCACCGACUCGGGAGAGUCGGACAACGAACAGCAAGGCAAAGCGCUCAACAUCUCCACGACGAUGGGCCAAGCGACGCGCAAGAAGGUCGUUCUCACCGACGAAGACCUCGGCAUUAACAUCCUGACCAAGAAGCGCGGCGCCUACGACUUUGAUGUCAGGGGCAAGAAAGGUCGUGAGAGGUCGUUCCCUCUCGUCAUGCGCCGUAGACGCGACGACCAGUUUGGAGACGUCAUCCGGCCCGAAGACUACUUGCGAGCUGAAGAGAGGGAGGAAGAAGCGCCGGAGAAUGAUGGUCUUCGAGGAGAUGACGACGAGGACCGUCUCGGCAAGAAGCGCAAAUGGGACGACGGAAACAACAGGUUUUCAAACAAGCGCCAGAACAAUAGGGCUGCAUCCGCAGACCACGUGGACGCCAACGCCGCAGGCGAUGACGUUACCGACGAGCUGGACGAGGUGGAGGACACUGUCGAGGAGGAGAUCCAGGGCCCGUCCAAGCUGGUCGUGUCACGAGAGAAGGUCAUGGUCAAUCUGCGCAUUGCGUUUGUUGAUUUCAGCGGACUGCACGACAAGAGGAGUCUGAACAUGCUGAUCCCGUUGAUCCAGCCGAGGAAGCUCAUCUUGGUGGGCGGCACCCCAGACGAGACGAGGACGCUUGCGGCAGACUGCAAGAUGCUCCUCGCGCAGCAGUCGGGAGCUUCGGAGGAGAACGGCAUCGACGUGUACACUCCUGCGAUGGGCACCUGGGUCGACGCGAGUGUCGACACGAACGCGUGGGUGGUCAAACUGGCCGACAGCCUUGUCAAGAAGCUCAAAUGGCAGAACGUCCGCGGGUUGGGUGUUGUGACAGUCACGGGCCAGCUCGUGGCGGAGGCUCUAGCCAAGGGCAAGAUGGCGGAAAAAGACGACGGGGCCAACAAGAGGCAGAAGACGGAGGCGGAAGACGCCGAGACCAAUGCUGAUGCCGAAGAGGCCGUCAAGGAUGAGGAGCAGGACGACGACGACGAGGAAAAGAAGGAGAAAGAAGAGGAGGUGGAGGUGGAGGUGGUGCCGACACUGGACCUCUUGCCGUCCAACAUGGCGUCGGCGGUGCGUUCCGUGGCACAGCCGCUCCACGUGGGCGACCUGAGGCUCACGGACUUGCGGCGUGCGAUGCAGUCGGCGGGCUACACGGCCGAGUUCCGGGGGGAGGGUACGUUAGUCAUCAACGGGGCGGUAGCAGUGCGGAAGACGAGCACGGGCAAGGUGGAGGUGGAGAGCGUGAGCAUCGCGGACGCGGCAACGAUGAUGCAGCACCGCAGCACCUUUUACGAGGUCAAGAGGAUGAUUUACGAUGGUCUGGCCGUGGUGGCCGGAGCAUGA